GUGAGUUUGGUCGCGUUCGGGUGCUCCGGCUUCAGUCCGUCGAUAGUCUCCGCGAGGAGAAGGCACGCGAAUGUUCAACACCAGCAUCGUACAUGUGCUUCACGUAUGACGCCCGUUUUACAUAACCAAUUUUUCAAGUCGAUCUGUUUAUUGUUGACCGUUCCGUUACGUAACCUCCAACUCCAGCGCAAUUAGAAUACCGUUUACGUAACGACCAUUUCGACGUGCAAUAAUAUUUUGUGAAUUAUAAAUAAUCAAGGCUGGUGAAUAAACAAGUGAAUCACAUAUUUUCCCAGUUACUUAGUGGAGUUGCGGAGUAUUUUGCGGGAAUAAUUCGAAUCGCGGUAAGUGCGCAAGUGGCUCGCAAAAAUCGAUACCGUUUCACUCAAAUUGAACGUUACACGUGGUUACAUGAACAGUCGGUGAAAACAAUGCAACAUUACGGAGUCAGUGAUGUAAGGGACUGCUCGAUUCACCGCGAAAGGCACGUGGACCACAUCCUCAGGAAAUACCCCGAACUCCUGGUGUCUCUGAACUGCGUCAGGUCCUGCGACAUGACGAAGCUCAAGUGCGACCGCAGGCUGCUAAGGAAGGACGCCGAUAGGACCAGGAAACAUAGGAGGCUGAAAAAAGUGCCCACUUUGCGGAUCAAGCAGUUCGAGAGUGCCCUUUUCGAUGCCAUGGACGACAGCAGGAAGGUGAUGCUCUUCAACUGCCCGAUAUGCAGGAAUGUGUUGAAAGGACCUGUUACUGUUGAAUGCGGACAUACCUUCUGUAAGGACUGUUUGGACCGUACUGACAGUGAAUCUUGUGGAUUAUGUGCUACGGCCAUCAGCAACACGAGGUGCAUCAAUGUUUUGGUGCAGGGUCUCGUCGAAAAGUGGCGUGAAAGGAAUAAAUCCGAUUUGGCAGAGAGCUCGAUACCAAAUACUACCGACAUUUUGGGUAUUCAGCCACGCUAUCACCUUCGAUCCGGAUUCGCCGGUUUACAGAUCAACGAAGACCACGAAACAAUUUCUCAACAAAACGACGAGGACAAAUCGUUGGCAAAAACAUUAUUCACAAAGACGGAUAUGUCUAGCAGAAAAUUUAAUAGCACUAUUAAAAGUGUUUUCAAGGAAGUCGAAAGUAUUCAACAGAAGGCCAUUAGGUGUUGCUGGGACAGUAUAACACCGAAUGACCUGGAGUGCAUUCUUUGCAGUCGGUGCAUUUUUGACCCAAUAACGACGGCUUGUGGUCACACUUUUUGCAAAGCUUGUCUGACCAGGGUUUUAGACCAUGGACUAUCGUGUCCUUUGUGUAUGGCGCCGUUGAGUGUCAAGGAUUACUCGAGAGGAUCCAGCGUCAUUUUAGACCAAGCCAUAAAGUUUCUUCUCCCCAAAGAAUACAAUGAACGGUUGCUAACAAAUAUGAAGGAAGUUCACAUACUGAAUAAAAACUCAGACAUACCUGUGUUUAUUUGCACUAAUGCCUUUCCUGGUGUAGCGUGCCCGUUGUAUGUUUACGAGCCGAGGUAUAGACUGCUGGUUAGAAGAUGUUUAUUAUCACCGACAAGACGAUUUGCUAUGGCGGCUAAGGAAAGUACUAGCGAAAAAUUUGUCUCGUAUGGAACGGUCUUGGAAGUCAAAGAUGCCGUUUCAUUAGAAGAUGGAAGUUUUAUUCUUACCACAGUCGGUGUGCGGCGAUUCAAAGUUCUAACUAAAGGCGAACAGGACGGCUACGAUACUGCAAAAAUACAGGUAAUUAAGGACAUUGUUGUUUCUUCUGACAAAGUGCCAGAGCUUUUAAACCUGCAUCAAAAAGUGUAUAACAAAGCCUGUAAGUGGAUAAUGUCCUUAACCCCUAAAGUCCUUGCCGAAGUAGAGAGGUUGAUUGGUCAGAUGCCAAACGUCGAAAAGAACUGGUUAACAUUGCCUGAUGGACCUUCAUGGACUUGGUGGUUGAUGCCAAUCUUGCCUCUAAGUUCACAGUUACAGGUUGGAUUUCUCAGUACUACUAGUUUAGAAAAACGACUACGUGCAAUAGACAAGAUGUUGGAGAGAAUGGAAAUUCGGAUGAAGGCUUUAGAACGAAAUACUAUGAACUGUCUUAAUUCAGACGAUUCAACUGAAUCGUGUAGUGAUUCUGAAAGAACAUUUGAAAUACCUAUAAAUCAUUAAGUUUGUCCAUUAUAUUUGUCUCACUAUUCUAACCGCACUGUUAGUUUUCGACAAGUUCGUUUCAUCGACCAAUGUAUGUUUUAAGGUAGAUCAUCUACUAAAAUAUUUGUAUAAAUAAAGUGACGAAUUUUCGUACUAUGCUGAAUACGCUUAAAGACUAAUUCAAUGAAAGUUCUUGUAAUACGUCAAGUGUUUGUUUCGAUAAAGGGAUAACACGCAAGUUGUUUACGAAUUACUCACAUUUGAUUUUUUUUUUGAAAAUUGUGAUGAAUGCUGUUUUAUACCAUAGUACCUGAGUAGCUCAUAUUUUAAAACCGCAUUGGAUGCCUGGAAUGGAGGAGGUAUUGCAUAUUUAAAAUUUCUCACUUCUUCAAAAAUUGUGAUCUACCAGGGAAAUUGUUUAACAUUCAAGGUAAAAAUAUAACUAUAAAUAUAAAAUUCCCUAUUUUACCUAAUGUACAAUCAUUUUAUUGUAGGAAAUUUUUUGAAUAUUUACUGUAGAUUGUUAGUACUUUAUGAUACCUAAAUACACUAUUAUUGUUUCAUCUGAUGGAUGUUCUACUGAAAUAUGACAUUUGUGAUAUCUUUUUCAUGUAAACGACCAAAAAUUUAUUUAUUUUUAUAUAACUAAUUUUCUAACUUUUUAUUCAUUUUUCUGGUAAUCUACUUUUUGUUCUCAUGAUCAUUAA